UCUAUGAGCGCCAACGUGCUGGUACCUGUAAAUAAACUUAACAAAGGUAAACACAAGGCGGGAUGCUGUGGGGUAAUUUGAGACGUGCAACAUCUGCCGCUGCUGCUACUCUCCAGUAAGAUGGACAAAGCCAGCAAGGCUAUCCGCAGGUCGGGGGUUCGACUGAGGUCCAUGUCAAGUGGCCAUGGAAGUUUACAGAUGGUGAUAUCUCAGUUGGGAGAAGUUCGAACCAGCUUUAAGGCAUUUUCCCAGGCUCAAGCAACAGCAUCUGAGGAUCUUCUGAGCUGGUCUGGGGGCAGUCAUGAAAAUCGAGCAAUUGAAGAAACCUUUGCCCACUUGGCAGAGUUGACUUUACUCUGGUCUGAGGUUCAGAGGGACUUUGCUGAUCAGCUGAAAGAGUAUAGGACACAGUAUGAGCUGAUCUUAGAAGGAGAGAAACAUGUUACACAAGCAAGAGAAAUGCUUGUUGUCAGGGAGCAGCGUGAGAGCAAAUUACGAAAGGAGUUGAAGAAAGCCAGCAAAAAGGCACCAGCAGAGGAAGUUAGUUUGCUAAAGGAAAAAUUAAACCAGGCAGAAAGAUCACGAGAUUUGGCUCAUCUGGAAGUGGUAGAACGCGUUGGAGAGAAUGAGGCAGUGAAGAUGAUACGUGUUAAGGAAGGACUGUUAAAGCUUGGUGGUGCUUACUGUGAGCUUGCCCAAAAGUGCCUGAUAAUCUUUUGUGCACACCAGAACAUUGCAUCCCAGCUGCCAGAUGUUCAUGACAGGGACUUGCAAGAUGUAAAAUACACAGGUGCUGGAUCUGCAAAAAAAUUUGUACAGGAUGCCAAGGAGCAUGUGCGAGCUUAUCGUCGCAACAGUAUUAGUCAAAUGCCACCAAUGCCCCAAGAACCACCACCGCCAUAUACCCCAUCUCUUGAGCAUCUCAAUGAUCUGUCUUCAAAUACCAAGCUUAAUGGAAUAAAUAGUUCAUUGCACAACCUGCCUUACAAUAUUAACACGUCAACUGCUGAGCCAUCUGCACCAAGGGCAUCUGUGUCAUCUCUAAACUCGCCAGAGCAUUUACCUUAUGGUAGAGGACCUAGCUUACUGCCCUCUGUAUCACACAAUCGUGGUAUUAGCUCUCAAAAGCAUUCAACACCUAAUGUUCCUUCUACAACCCCACACAGUUCGCCAAACCGUAUUUAUCCAGAUGUUUCAACACCAUCAAGAACACACCCCUUCCAUAUUCCUAACAGCCCUUCUCUCCCUGAAAAGCCACAUCCUCCAUCAUCACCUUCCUCACCUCAUUCUAACAGUGAACCAAACUUGUCUAAGGAAUCUCCCUUGGAGCACAUUGUGAGGUAUCCUCCUCUCAGCACAUGUGACAACUCCAGCUUCAAUGAGAGUUCCUUUCAUCCAGACACAUCCUCAUCAAGCCCUAAUCUUGCUUCUAGCAGGCAACCAACCACAUCAACACCAGAGAACUCUGUACCAUACAAUCCAUAUUAUGAGUGGUUGCCAAUAAAAGGUGAUGAGAAAAUGAAUGGAAAAUGCUCAAUUGAAGACCAAGCAAUACUCAUCAUGAAUGUUAGUAAAUCAAAAAUGAAGGAUAAAGGAGAUGACCCUGAUUCAUUUGCUCCAUCUGUGCGUCCAAGGGUAAACAGAAACCCCUUUAUAGAUGGUUAUUCAGAUGAAGAAGGAACAAAUCAGGAGAGCUUAUCUGGUGCUUUAAGAAAGACAUCAGUCAGGUAAAGAUGAACAUUAUUUUAAUCUAGAGCCCCGUGAUUAUAUAGAAAAAUAUCAUUCUUAACCACAGCAGCUUCCCUGAACUGAAGAUCUGGUAAGUCUCGAGAUCAUACCAGGUCCCCAAAUGCUCAUGCAGGCCUACAGAAAACUAGGAGAGAGUUUGGUUUGACCAAUGAGAUGAGGGCCAUAUGGGGAUCAGAGAUUAACUUAGGUUAAUGAAAAUGUGAGAUAUGUAAUAAUUAUUUAGCUUUAUUGCACUUAGGCUAAGAUUCUUAAUUGUAAUAGAAGGCAUUCAGAAAAUGUGGGCUAGCUCUCUAUGACUGUGGGAUAACCAGCCCACUGUACCUCAUAAGCCUUGUCUGGUAGUCAUGUCACAAGGCUGCAUCUGCAUAACCACUUUUUUGUACAUGCUAUAAUACCACAUAUCCUAUCAUGGCUGUUUAUGUUCUAUUAUAUUUAAUCAUCUCCAAUUUGCGCUAUUUUAAACAUUUUUGCAUAUACUGUACUGUGUAUCUAAUAUCCUAUUACCUAAUUUUUCCCAGUUGAAGAUCCCCUAUAUUUGAUUUUUCAUGAAACUUAUCAUAAUAUUUUAAUGGUCUGUUUGGCAGAUUCCUCUGAUGAUUAUUAUAUGAAAUUAUACUCGAUAUGAUUUUAACUAUGGUUCUCAUUUGUUUUAAACCACAAUCACUCACAUUGAGUGCAUGUGCAGUAAUUGCUCAUAAGCAUUAGUGGACAUAAUAUGCCAUUUAAUGCCGUUCUAUAUUUUGGAGAACGAUUGUAUCUGCACAAGAAUACGGAUUUGCUCUGAACAGAAGAUCACGACUAGCUCAGUGUAUGUUAUAACAGCUACCAUUAUGACUCGACCUGUCCUCUUACAAAUUACGGCUGAAUUGGCCGUUUGCCCG